CCUGACCAAACCCUCUGUGUGUGUGUCACACAACACAUGACAUGUUUACACUGAAGAGUGUGCACUGACGAGACAAACUCAACAAAAGAACACAAGAGUGAGGAUGGCAGAGUUUGACGUGGAGUUGUUCUCUGAACAGGAGCUGACCUGCUCCAUCUGUCUGGAGAUCUUCACCGAGCCCGUGUCCACACCAUGCGGUCAUAACUUCUGUCAGAGUUGCAUUGGUGGUUAUUGGGCUUCCAGUUCAGUCUGCACCUGUCCGCUGUGUAAACGUCCGUUCGGUGAAAGACCUGAACUCUGCAUCAACCGUGUGUUUGCUCACAUCGCACAAAAAUACAAAGAGAAGCGCUACGGGGAGCCGCCCAAACCAAAAGCAAGACAAAUAUCCAUUUCAGAUGGAGUUUCACCGAGCGACGUGGACGAGCAGAUCUUCUGUGACAUCUGCAGCGGCAAGAAACAGAAAGCCGUCAGUUCAUGUCUUACGUGUACUGCGUCAUACUGCGAGAUUCACGUGCUGCCACAUCACCAGACGUCCUUCUACUCAUCCCAUCGGCUGCUGGACCCUCACGAGGCCCUGCGGGGUCGAACCUGCCCUCAACACGGACGACUCCUGGAGGUUUACUGUCGGACAGAUGAGAAGUGUAUUUGUGCUAUCUGUGUGUUAGAGGAGCAUCGCACACACACCACAGUCUCCAUACAGACAGAGAGAGCUUACAAACAGAGACUUCUGGGAAAAACUGAGCUGAACAUUCAGAUGUGUAUUGAAAGAAGAAGUGUGGACUUAAAUGAGCUGAAGAGUAAACUACAAAUCCUGCAGAGUUGUGCUCACUCAGAGCUGUCUGAAGUGGAUCAGCUUCUGUCUGAUAUCACACAGUCUGUGGAUCGGAUCCGCAGCGAGCUGGUGGGCGGUAUCCAGGAGAAACAGGAGUCUGUGAUUGGUCGAGGACAGAGAAUGGUCUCUCAGCUGGAAUCAAAGUUAUCUGAACUACGAGAGCGGAAAGAUGGACUGGAGGCUCAGGCCGUUUCUGAAGACCACAUCAACUUUCUCAAGAGUUUUGAGGAGAUGAACCGUCCCGUUCAGGACACACACGAUGAGCUGGAGGAGGAUCUGACGUUACACUUCUCUCUCAGAGAUGUGAAGAGAGCUUUAGGAGAGAUCCGUGAGAGACUGGAUGACAUCAGCUGCGGUCAAGUGCAUCACAGAGGCUCAGUGUCAGGUGUGGCAGAGAGUGAAAGUAUGACAAGUGUUCAAUUCAUCAGGAGGAAAGACCACUGGUCAUUAAAAGAUCUGCGGAGGAUCAAGACAGGUCACAGAAAGAUUAAAGGCUUUCUUGAGGACAUAUCGCUGAAUCCGGUGACAGCCUACCCGUUCCUCAUCCUGUCAGACGACAGAAAACAGCUGAAGAGAGGCGAGAAGCUGCAGUUCUACAGAAACAGCGUCCAGCGCUUCGACGUCUGGUCCUGUGUGCUUGCGAAAGAAGGCUUCGAGUCAGGACGACACUACUGGGAGGUGAAUGUUGGUGAGAAUAAGGACUGGAAGUUAGGAGUGGUGCGUGAAUCGUCUCAGAGGAAAGGUCUGUUUGACAUGAGUCCUGCCAGCGGAUACUACACCAUCUGGUGGAGCGGGAAUCAUUUAAGAGCUCUCACAGCUCCUCCUCCUGUUAAGAUUAAAGUCAGCGGCCGUCUGCGGCGGGUCGGUGUUUAUCUGGACUGUGAUGAGCGUCAGAUCAUCUUCUAUAAUGCCAAGACGGGUUCAGAGCUUUAUUCAUACACCACAGUAGAGUUCUCUGAGAAAAUGUUCCCGCUGUUUGGCACCGGUGAUAAAGACAUACCGCUGGUGUUGAUGUCCGUGUCUGUCAGUGUCCCCGAAUGACCAGAUCUCCUCAUCUCAAAGACAGAAAGAAUGAUCACUUUUAACGAAAGAAUAAAGAAGAACGUUCAGACUUCUCUCACAGCCAUUAUCACAUUUUAAACAUUAUUCUUAUUAUAUCAACUCAAUGUUAUGAACCUUAAAAUAAUGAAAGGAGAGUUGAGAAUUUGAAAAGUAGCUGCAAGAAGAUCUUUGUUUGACCUCAACACAAUCCAGAAUAUUCUCGUACAUCUAACUAACUUUUAGGCAAAUGAUUAAAUCUGGUUACAAUAUGAUUACAUAAAACAAAAAUACAAAAUAACUACGUAUGACUGAAAGAUGUUUUUCAAUUCCUUCACAUACAUGUAAUGACGAGUUAUAUUAAAUGUCAUGUGCUCCACAUUAUUGCUGUAAUAUUAAUGUUUAUUCAGGACUUUGUUACAAAUUCCACCUAAUGGUUAAAAAAACAAAGCUUCAUUUACACAUUCAACCUUUAUUGUCAACACCAAGAGAGUGACUCUGUAUUUAUAUACAGAAUGAAAGUAGUUAAAAGUAGUGGUAAGCCAAAUGUCACACACUAUAGGUUUAAAGACCAAACUGUCGUCAUGGCAACAAACCGGUUUUAUGAAGAAGUAACAUUGACUGCACAAAAACUCAACAAAUUCCAUCAGACUCUGAAUCAAGUGUUUCUGCUGUGUGUAUGUGAAAUUGUGAUGUUUGCUGUGAAAAGCCAAUAACAUAACUGAUCUUUCUGAAGAAGGUAUGUAAUCACCAUCAGUCAUCUCCAGAUGCACUUGUGUCUUUAUGAGGUAUAAGCCUGCUUAUUCAAGACCUUCAGUGAGAGCUUAAAAGCUGUUGAUAUAUUGCUGAAGCCUUAAAGGUCCAUCUAGUGGUGAAGUUGUGAAUUGCAACCAAUGGCCCACUCCACCCCUCCCUUUCAAAGCACUACGGGGGCUGAAAGAGGAUGAUGGCAUCAUGUUUUCGCUUCUUUGCUUAAGAAGAUUAGAUAUUUACGAAACAUGUUCUGUAGAGCAGUUUGUCCGUUUAGGGCUCCUGUAGAAACAACAUCAUGAAUUCAUGUAAGAGGACCCGCGGUGUGUGUAGAUAGAAAUAGCUUAUAAGACCAUAUAAACAGAACGCUUCAUUUAGUUAAGUCUUUA